CUCGCGAACUUCGUACAGACGAGGGCGCGUAGUCGUCAAAAGUCGCGGGUGUGCGUGUUUAGUAUAGUGCCGCUUUUUUAGUACGUCGUUAAGCAGUGAUCGUGAGAAAGAGCGUAGAAAAAAGUGGGAAGAAGGAAGAGAUUGAACGAGAGUGAAGAUAAUGUGCGUAAAGAAUUUUCUCGCUCGAUACAAAACAAUUUUAGAAUUCAGCAAAUACGAAACAAGCGAAACCAAACUAAGUUUCCAAAGAAUCAAAUCAGCGUGAGAAAAUUUUAAAGCAAUAAACGUGAGAGGGUUGGAAGCAAUAAAAAAAAGUCAAAAGUAAGCAUAUGUGUAAGGAUAUAACGAGAAAAGGAUGCUGAAAUUUCUCAUCGAAAAAUAUAAACGUUCUUUUGAUUGAAGGAUAAUUGGACGAAAAGAGUGAUUGUUAUUAAACGAAAAAUGCAGGCGAGUUUGAAAGAAUUGUAAUUCAUCAUAAUUCUUAAUGAUAGUGGUGUAUUGAUAAGGCAGGUAUCCACUCAAUAGAAAUUCGAAGAGAGUGAAAAAGUGUGUGUGUGUGUGUAUGUGUGUGUGUUUGAAAAAUUUGUAUCAAUGUAAAAAAAAGUGUUCAGUUUUAUCCGAAGGAUAUAUAAAAAAAGAGAAAGCUUUAGAAAGCUUUGCUCGUAAAUCCGAGGGAUCGUUCUUUAUCGGACGGGGGAUAUUGAAAUGAGGAUUUCGUUGGAUCCUCGUGGGUCAAUCCUCGCAUAGGAAAAUUCGCGGGUGUGUGACAUCCACUUGUCGUUGGUAGUCCUGUCAAAAUUAAUUCUCACGUGCGGGGUGAGAAUUUCCUUCUAUAUCUCAAUCCCUCGGCUUUUUAUGCCAUCGGAUGCGAAUGUGGAGCUUGGGAAAAAAUAAUCGAAUCGUCAAAAAGGGAGAGUAAAUCCUUGGGGAAUGUUGCUCUCGAGUGGGGUGUCGAUUUCGUCACACGAGGCGAGCUUAUCGGAUCUUUCGAUGCGUCCAAUAAGCCUCUGAUUUUUCUUUUCUUUUUUUUUAUUGAAAUAGUGCUUCGAAUCAUAAUAUGUGAAAUUGAAAAAUCAAAAUACAAUCGAAAAAAAACUUGACUCGAAAAAUCUUCACUGAAUUCGUCGCGUCUCAGGCAUUGAAAUUUCGUCUCCUUAAAAACGUACCGACAGAUUUUAUAAUCGACACCCAAUAGCCCGGGCUACAAUAAUGGAUAAAUUAGAAUGACGAAAAUGGGGCUUGAAGUCCUGAAAAAAUAAUGACCGUUACGCCACAGUGAAUCCCUCGUUAUCCGCGUUAGCAAAGUGACAAGUAUAAUCAUUUGUUUUUUCUUUUGUUCCAAGUGUCGCAUCCAAUUAUAAUUGGAAUUUUCAAAUUAGUGAAACGGCGAGAUAAAUCGAUAUAAUAUAGAUAUGAAUGUAUAAAUGUGUGAAUAAAUGUGUGAAUAAUCGUCGCCAGUGUCGCCGAUAAUGAUCUCGAUGUCGGAGGAGCGUAGUGAUUCGUUGUGGUUUUUUUCGAGCGAGGAAAAAUCGUCGAACGUUUGAGAAGAUGAGGAGCAUGAAGGACCUUGAGAUUGGGGGAUGGUGCCACAGGCUCGAGCGCAGUGACGCUCCUACGACUUGGGUGCUGAGGGGAAUUGCUUAAAUGAAAAGACUUAGAGGAAGACCACCCGAUCCGAAUAAAUGCACGUGUCGAAGGGAGAUAAACUACGAUAAAGAAGCCCAUCGUCUGAUUCGCCAUUGGGGGCAUCCUGAUCAUCUAUCCAUCUCGUGGACUCCUCGGGGUUGAGCUGUCGAGUCUUUAAGUGACGUCGAUUAAAACGCACAAAUAACCUCCUUCCAACAUCUGCAUAAAGCUCCCUCACGCUCUACUCGCCAAAAUGGAACUUUUCGUGAUACUCAUGAGUCUGAUGAUCGGCGUCUCGUCAACAAAACCCACUGCCUCCAUGUCUGUCAAAUCACAAAUCAAUCCUCGAAUCGUUCAAACACGCUAUGGCAAAAUACAGGGCUUGACACAAACUUUUGAAAAUUCAAAGUAUCUACAACCUAUCGACGUUUAUCUCGGUAUUCCAUAUGCAACACCACCCAUUUUGAGCAACAGAUUCUCACCCACCAGAGCACCCAGUCCGUGGAACGAAAUCAAAUUGACGAAUUCCGUCGGUCCUGUCUGUCCGCAAAAGCUACCCGACAUUACGAACGAGCAGGAAGCACUAGAGCGAAUGCCCAAGGGCCGUUACGAGUACCUGAGGAGACUCCUGCCAUAUCUGCAAAAUCAGAGCGAAGACUGUCUCUACUUGAAUAUAUACGGUCCAGCAAUGGGUCCGACUGGUAGUAGUAGAAAGUAUCCAGUUUUACUGUACAUACAUGGAGAGAGCUACGAUUGGGGUAGCGGAAAUCCGUACGACGGGAGUGUGCUUGCGAGCUACACCGAUCAAGUUAUCGUUACGAUUAAUUAUCGUCUUGGAGUGUUGGGAUUCCUCAAUGCGAAUAUGAUACGACACUCGAAGGCACGAGUGGCUAAUUACGGGCUGAUGGAUCAGAUUGCAGCAUUACAGUGGGUUCAAGAGAACAUUGCACUUUUCGGAGGUGAUCCUGGCAACGUCACCCUCAUGGGCCAUGGAACUGGAGCUGCGUGCGUUAAUUUUCUUGCCAUCAGUCCAACCGUCAUGCCUGGUCUCUUCAAGAGGGCAAUCCUUCUUUCCGGAAGCGCCCUGUCGUCGUGGGCAGUAGUCGAGGAUCCCGUGAUGUACGCUCUGAAACUGGCACGGGCCGCAAACUGCACGAUCCCGGAGGACCUUCUCAAGGAUCACGAGCUGAUAGUUGACUGUCUUCGUGAUACGAGCCUUGAAGAGCUUAUGAUGACGGAAACACAACCGCCAACGUUUCUCAGCGCUUUUGGCCCGAGUGUCGACGGCGUCGUUAUAAAACCGGACUUUCAAAAGGACUUGCUUUCGUAUCUUGGACCGGAGUUUCAAGGAUCCGGGCAAAUACCGAAAAGAUCGGAUCACGGGGCCCCGAUAACGAGCAACAACAAGUAUGAUUUGUUGUUUGGAGUCACAACGAGCGAAGCCCUCUGGCGUUUCGCCGAGAGAGACGUGCAGCAGGGUUUCGAGGGUGAAAGGAGGGAUCGAAUAAUAAGGACUUACGUGAGGAACGCGUACACGUAUCAUCUCACAGAAAUUUUUUACACGGUGGUGAACGAAUACACGGAUUGGGAACGAACCGUCCAGCAUCCAAAAAACACGAGAGACUCGUGCGUACAGGCUUUAAGCGACGCUCAAUUCGUCGCACCUUUGGUACAAACGGGCGAUCUCUUUACUCUUCGUCACACGAAGAAACCGAACAAUCCGCACGCGGCACCGAUCCCUGACAGCGAGAGGGAGCCCCUGCCCAAGACGUAUUUUUACGUUUUCGACUAUCAGAUGAAGGGUGGUUAUCCAGAGAAAAUGGGAUCUGUACAUGGAGAGGAAUUACCCUUCAUUUUCGGAGCACCGCUCGUCGAUGGUUUCGGACAUUUUCCGAGGAAUUAUACCAAAAACGAAGUCGCUUUAUCCGAGAACAUAAUCCAGUACUUUGCCAACUUCGUACGGACAGGAAAUCCGAACGGAGCUGAGCAUCAUCGGAAAAACGACGCUCCGCUUCCGAUCAGCCAGGAGAAGAGUAAAUUUCGAAGCUUCACGUGGGAACAGUACGAUCCGGUUCAUCAGAAGUACUUGGAGAUCGGUGUUAAACCGAGAAUGAAGAAUCACUACCGGGCUCAUCAACUCUCCGUGUGGCUCAGGCUCGUCCCCGAAUUACACAGAGCCGGCAUGGAGGACGUUGAACCAAAACACAAUCUUUUUCGUGCUCACGGUGAUCCCAAUAUUUAUGAUGGCUCUGUCAGACCUGAUCCUCUCAGCAGAGCCGCCGACGAUCUCACCAGACGAAUCAACCUUACCACCGAAACUCCUACUACCACGGAUUACAGCAUCACCACUUGUGUCAGCCACAUUCAGAGCACCAACCUUCAAAACGUUCACAAUGCGAGCACCGACACUCUCGCCAGUCUUGACGCUGCUGGAUACGCCGCUUACUCGACCGCCUUGAGCGUCACGAUCGCCAUCGGCUGCAGUCUCCUCAUCCUCAACGUCCUUAUAUUCGCGGGUGUUUACUACCAGCGCGAUAAAACGAGACUCGAAGUCAAAAGUCUUCAGCAACAACAAAUGAUGAAUCAACAAUGCGGUCCUCGCGGCUUCACCGAAUUGAAACAACCUCCACCGCCUCAUUCUCAUUUCCCGGGCAGCGGUCAAGUCAUCGUCGACGUUGAGAACGAAAUGUUGAGAAGAAACGUUAUGAAGGGAGACCCGAACGAUCCUAUAUUGAUGCAGCAGGGUCAGAGCACUCACACGUUACCCCAUCAGCAUCAUUAUCAACAUCAGAAACAGCACAGCCAGCAACACGCCACACUGCCACGAGCGACUGUAAUACAGGAAAUGAGCAUGCAGGUGGGCUGGAAAUUCACGGGACCGCCGAAUGGAUCGAUCCAUUUGAAAGUUCCGCGGGCCCCGCCACCGCCCAGAGCAAAAAGUCCGCCAGAGAAUCAGCCGCUUCUCCAGGGUGCGACGGUAUCGAGCCGCGUGUCACAGGCGAGUAUGAGCGAGAUGAGAGUGUGAUGUAUGGACUCCCCUCCGAGGCCAGUCGUCCCGGAUGUUCUCACGGCGUCGACGUUGCUGUAGAUGGACUCGUACAAGACCUCGGGAGGAAUAACAAAUUCCCAUCGAUCCCGAAGCAGACCAUCAUGCAAAAAUUCAAACUUCGAUAAAGAAGAAAAGGAAGGAGCGCUGAAAAUAAACAAAAGGAGUGAAAACAACAAGUGAAAUCGAGCGUGAAAGCGAGAACGUUUAAAUUGGUGAAAAAUAUUGGGAUCGUGGAUGAAGUUUGUGAAAAUAAAAAUAAUAUCACUCGAAGGACUUUAUCAGUGGCGAGUUGCGACUACGGAGGGGGGUGUAAUAAGCAUAAACACGUGCGCACUAAUUCACGAAGACGCUAAAACACUAUUAAAAACAAAGAAAAAUACGUAGAGCGAACGAAUAUUAAAGAAUAACCGAGCGAUUCAUACAUAUACAUCAAUUUAUAUGUGUAUUCGAGAGUGGUGGAGUCGGGUUUUACGAGAGAGACACGAGGGCGAUCGUUCCAAGUGAAAAAAUAACGAUCGAUCGUUAAAUAGAAUAUAUAAAGGUCAUCAAAACGAAUAGGGAACGAACGAAUGUUGCCUACGUUACAGGAGAAGGACGAGAGUUGCCAAAAAUCAAACAGUAAAAAAAAACCACCAAAAUAAUAUAUACCAAAUAAUCAUACGCGAAGAUCACUCCCGGCGUUGUUGUCAUCGAUUAAUGCGCGGAUCGCAUGUUCGUGGCGAAUUCCAGGAAAAUAAAUGUCUGAGGAAAAGAGGUUACGCUAGGAAAAAAAAUAUUUCACAAUCACUCGAAAUUCAAUCAAAUUGGCUCACGGUUUUGUCAACUGUGCCACCCAAACGUCACUAAAAUUCAAUAAAACGAAAGAAAAAGAGAAAUUUCAUUAAAAUAAAAAAGAAUUUGAAACGAUGUAGGUAGUUAAAAAAAAACGAAAAUUCAAAGAAAUUUUUAGAUGUUAUCGACGAGAACAUGGCUCAAGACAAGAUUUAAUGAAAAACGACGAUCAGGACCCGUGUAUAAACAAAUAAUGAGACGAAAAGAAAAACAGAUAUUAUUCACUACGAUGUUAGAUGUUCCUUGUACAUAAAUAAAGAAUAAAAGACUUUAUACUGUAAGAACGCCAAACGUUUGCUACUUCCACAAAAUCACAAUCGAUUAACAGCGUCGCUUAUUGUUUUCUCGUUUUUCUUUUCUCUCUUUUUUACAUUCAACGACAUUUUCGUGUCGUUCGUCGAAGGAAUAUUAAUAUUUAAAAUUAAAAUAAUUAAAAAAACAAAAAAACAGACAACCGACGAGAUAUUUUCUCUGAAUUUGAGCAACUCGAGAUCGUACCAGAUUUCACGUACGCAAAUAAAAUACGUUCAGUUUUGAAAUAACGUUUUAUUGAAAAUUGAGCAAACCAUUGAAACAAACGUGCACGCAUUUUGUAUUGAUAUCAUAUCUUUCAUAUGGAAUUCCGCGAAUAUACGAAGGGCAAUAAUUCAUUAUAUUUUCCAUUGAAGUUACAUUUUCAAGAUAAAAUUCCGGGGAAAUUUUAUUGAAAAUCAUUUUCGUGUAUUUCAAUAUUUUUUCUAUCAAUGUUACCCAUCGGUGUGUCGAAACUACACUUGUCGGAAUUACUACGAUUUUGUAUAAAAUUCGCGGACUAACGAAUCGAACUUGAUAGGAAAAAAAACAACUAAUAUGCAACGAAGAACCGAGUCACGAUCUCUUGCUGCUCACUGAUAACCAUGACUAUUUUAUCGUAGGAUUAUACGAAGUGUUGAAAGAAAUAAUAACUGUGGAGGGCCCCGAUAAGAAAUCGAAACAAAAAUCACGUUAAAUAAAGAACAAUGGAUCGAGGUCAAAAGGCGAAUGGCGGGAAAUGAUGGUCGAUUUCUAUCGAGCAGCCUGCUUGAUUCUCCGAAAUUCACCAAUUGUGGUACAACAAUUUUUUCCUUUUGAAACGAAUGAAUUUUUCCUCGAGAGAGAUAAAGGAUCCCAUUUUUUUUUAUUCUCCAUUGGAAGGAAUGUUUUUUACGCAAUUUCAUAGUUUAUAAAUUUCGUCAGAGUUUUUGAUAUUUCACGGAAAUCGAGAAAUGGAUCAUUUGACAAUUUUAGACGUUUCUUAAAAAAUAUUUGAAUAAAAAGAUUUUCUCAUUGUAAGAAUGUGAAAUCAAAUGAAAGACUUAAUCAAAAUGAACUUACUCGAUGAGGUUUUCAAAAUUUUCGUAAAGCAUCUAUCAACGUCUAACCUCGAUAGGAAUCGACGUGGUUCAAUCGACGAAAAACUCUAUAUAUAUACGUACGAAGAACAACAAACAAGUGUUUAUGAAACGAAUGAUUGAGCAAAAGAUAUUCACAGAACAAUAGCGAUCAUUUUUUCACUCAUCACCCUGCAUCGAAUUCCAACAUGAGACUCAUUUUUUACUCACACUGCCAUGACUCUCAAAGAAUAAAAGUGAGAAAAGGUGAGAAGCAAACAAAAAAUGUCAAAAGAGGCGAAUGACCGAAAGAUCUUUUACGACUGUGAGAAUGAGCUCGCAAAAAACUCGAAGAUAUUACGUGGUAAAUCGACUUAUGUACAUAAUAUUAAAAAAAUAAAUUAACUAAAAAUACGAGAAUGACAAAAAUUUUAACAUGAUAAACGUGGUGUCGCGUAUUUUUUAUUUAUUAUUUCGCUCAAACGUGGAAAAGACGCUCAGUGAUUGAAGAGUGUAAAAAUGAAUAAGAGAGAAUGAGAGUGUAAAUGAAAAGAAAAAUCAUCGACACACUAUGCAAAGCCAAAAAAAUCUUGAUAGAAUUUCGUUUUAUUGUACUGAACGAGAUAAUGUAUAUUUCAGCUUCACGUGAGUGUGAAUACGAUAUCAUUAUUAUAAAUAUGGACAAUCGGAUUGUACGAAAGAACAUUAACAAAAAAAAACUAUAAAAAACAAAGGCGAACGCGAAUUAUUGGGAGGAGAUAAACCAGAAGAUUUAUUAUAAUCGAUGUGAAAUCGGGUGAAAGGACGUUAAAUGCAUGUACAAUUUUUGGGCGAUUUGAAGAAAUUUCAUAUAUUUCAAACACAAAUACGAUUAUUAAUGUCGAUGGAUCCCGCCUUUUGACCGUCGAUCGUUUAUCAUUGGAUUCCAUUAAAUUUAUUAUGAAACCUAUUUAUUAUUAAUAUUUAUUAUAUUGAAAUACAAUUUUAGCCGAAACCCUCCCCAUUCCUCAUGCGCUCUAUUCGAACGCGCUUUUUUCGAUUGAUCGCUCCGAAACGAUCGCGGGAGCAGCGAGCCGCUGCGUGUGUUACGUUUUAACCGUUUUGUUGUCAAAUUGUAAAUACAUAACGAAAUAUAUGGAAAUAAUUGUA